AGGCUGGCCGCGACCCCAGAGCCAGGGAGAGGGCGCCACUACAACCGUCACGGCGCUUUCCUGUGGGAUCUUGGGAGUUGUAGUUCGGUUGAAGCACCCAGCCUGGUCUGGAACGAACUGCCGGACUACAGUUCCCAGAGUUCCCCGGGAUAGGAAUGAAAGCAGCGUGGAUCUGUAUUAACCCUGCAGUGCAGAUGCACCCAGGACAGGUGGCUCAGUGAAAGGAGAAGAAGCUUUAUUCUUAUAGCCCGCCUUUCUGCUGCAGGAGUCCAGGCGGCUUCCAGGAGCAGAAGACGAUGGAACAAGGCACACUCUCAGCAAAUAGAGAGAGAUCAGUGCUUUGAAACUCAACCUGUUAAAAUGACAGCAGUUUUCUAGUUGUAGUUACAUAAAAAUUCCCGGAUUGGAAGAAGAAGAAGAAGGCAGAAGCCGGAGCGGUGUGGCUGCCUGGGAAGAAGAUGACCCAAGCGGAGACCCAGCUCUCUUCCCUGCUCCUCCGCGAACACUUUGGGGAGAUUGUGGAAACCAUUGGGACGCACCUCAUCCGCACAGGGGGCCAGCCCCUCAGGAUGAUCGCCCACGACGCUGGGAUGCCCCUCGACCAGGUCCGGAAGGCCCUCUGCGUCCUGAUCCAACACAACAUGGUGACGUACCGGCUGCAGAAGCGAGGCCUGGUGGAGUACGAGGCCCAGUGCAGCCGCGUCCUCCGGAUCCUCCGCUAUCCCCGGUACAUCUACACAGCCAAGACCCUCUACAGCGACACGGGGGAGCUGAUCGUGGAGGAGCUGCUGCUCAAUGGGCAGAUGACCAUGAGCGCCGUGGUGAAGAAGGUGGCUGACCGGCUGACCGAAACGAUGGAGGAGGGCAAAACGAUGGAUUACAGCGAAGUCUCCAACACCUUUGUGCACUUGGCUGACACUCACUUUGUCCAACGAUGCCCUUCAGCCCCCGAAAACCAAGAGCCCUCGGAUGGCCCGCGUCCGCCUGCCCCGACGUUGGUAUUUAAUGAGAAGGACAUGUAUGUGGUUCCAAAACUGACCCUCACAGGGAAAGGGAAGAGGAGACACUCCAACAACGGCGGAGAUGAGGGCGGAAGUAAGGCGAAGCGGGCAAAGCAGGAGGCGGACAGUGAGGAGGCUCCACCGGAUGACGGGAUCUACUGGCAAGUCAACAUUGAUCGUUUCCACCAGCACUUCCGGGACCAAGCCAUUGUCAGCGCUGUGGCCAACAGAAUGGACCAGACCAGCAGUGAAAUUGUGCGGACGAUGUUGCGGAUGAGCGAAGUCACCACCUCUUCCAACGCUCCCUACACGCAGCCUCUCUCAUCCAAUGAGAUAUUCCGGUCGCUCCCAGCCGGCUACAACAUUUCCAAGCAGAUCCUCGAUCAAUAUCUUACGCUUUUAGCAGAUGACCCGCUGCAGUUUGUUGGGAAAUCGGGCGAAAGCGGCGGUGGGAUGUAUGUGAUCAACCUUCACAAAGCCCUGGCAUGUCUGGCCACCGCGACGCUGGAAUCGAUCGUUCAGGAAAGGUUUGGAUCACGCUGCGCUCGGAUCUUCCGUCUGCUCCUGAGGAAGAAGCAUCUGGAACAGAAACAGAUAGAAGACUUUGCCAUGAUCCCUGCCAAGGAAGCCAAGGAAAUGAUGUACAAAAUGCUGUCAGCUAAUAUCGUAGCCCUACAGGAGAUCCCCAAGACGCCCGACCAUGCUCCUUCCCGGACUUUCUACCUCUACACUGUCAACACUUUGGCCUCUGCCCGGAUGCUCCUCCACCGUUGUUAUAAGAGCGUGGCCAACCUGAUCGAGAGGCGGCUGCAUGAGACCAAGGAGAACCGGCGCCUGCUGGAGAAGUCCCAGCGGGUGGAGGCCAUCCUGGCAUCCAUGCAAGCCACCGGAGCAGAGGAGGCUCAGCUGCAGGAGAUCGAGGAGAUGAUCACAGCCCCCGAACGCCUACAACUGGAGAACCUCAAGCGCAACGUCAACAAGAUCGAUGCCAGCGAAAACCAAGUGGACGAAACAAUCUUCAUUUUGGAGUCAUACGUCAACAGCACCGUCAAGCACUGAACCCACCCUCUUUUGGCUGGCUCUGCAUCUUCCUAUUUUCACAAGGGAAAAUAACUAUAAGAGCAAGGGGAGAUUUUCUGGGAAGAGAUGCUUGCUUUUGGACGGAAAGAGUUUGUUCUUCAAUGUAGUCUAACACAGACACGCUUUUCGAUCCUUCUGUACCAGGAGGAUCCUAACAGUCCAAACAUGAGACCUCUGGCUGGACAGAAGAGCCAAUUGUGGGCUAUACAAGCAAAAAAGUUGUGUAUUGUAUGCUUUUCGGUUGGUGUAAUAAAGGCAUCACUCUUUUGUGGA